GCAAUGUUUGCUUAGGAUUUUGGCUCCGAUUGGCCUGCGAGCUACGAGUGUUGCCGGGAGUUGUAGUCCACGCAGCUGACGCCCGCUUGCCAUUGGUCUGUGGACGCUGCGAGUGUCAGUGGGAGCUUUAGUCCUGCGUGUGGUUCUGGGCUGCUGAGGCUGCUCCCUGCUCUACCUGCUGGGUGUCCGGGCGCCGUGUUGCUUCUCCCGCUCUGCAUGGCCGGGAGUUACAGGCUGCUGAGCGCCUCUAUAUCCCAGCUGCUGCUGCGGGGCCAGGGCCGGGGAGCCGCUCUGCUGCGGAGAGGGAAGCUCGGUCCGGAGAGCUGCGGGGGGCGGGCGGGGAGAGAGUGGGGCUCGGUGCAGGACCGGCACAGGCUGGACAGGGCGUACAGCAGCAGCAGCAACAACCAGGUAACAACCGGCCGCGACAGGCCUGGGGCUCUACCGAGAGGGCGGGGCUCACUAACCUUACAUUAUACUGGGCCAACCAGGACUGGGUUACACUAUACUGGGCCAACCAGUACUGGGUUACACUAUACUGGGCCAACCGGGACUGGGUUACGCUAUACUGGGCCAACCGGGACUGGGUUACACUAUACUGGGCCAACCGGGACUGGGUUACGCUAUACUGGGCCAACCGGGACUGGGUUACACUAUACUGGGCCAACCGGGACUGGGUUACGCUAUACUGGGCCAACCGGGACUGGGUUACGCUAUACUGGGCCAACCGGGACUGGGUUACGCUAUACUGGGCCAACCAGGACUGGGUUACGCUAUACUGGGCCAACCAGGACUGGGUUACGCUAUACUGGGCCAACCAGGACUGGGUUACGCUAUACUGGGCCAACCAGGACUGGGUUACGCUAUACUGGGCCAACCAGGACUGGGUUACACUAUACUGGGCCAACCAGGACUGGGUUAAAUUACAGUGGGCUACUUGGGACUGGGCAAUAAGGCUGGUCUGUACUGGGCACGGGGCUGGGCUGACUGGACAGGGCACGGGGCUGGCUUACAUUAUACUGGGCUAACUAGGACUGGGCAUGGGGCUGGGUUACAUUAUACUGGGCUAACUGGGAUUGGUACUGGACUACAUGCGGAGGAGUCACCAUGACAGAUCUUGCUAGACUUCUUGCUUACUCCUCCAUUUAUAGCAUUUUUUUUUUUUAUUGUAUUUGUUCUUGGUUAAAGGGUGACCAGGUCACUUGUUAGCCUUUUAUCUCUCCUCAGCCCGAAGCAAUCCAAUGUCCACAUACUAUGCCACUCUUAAAAUAUCUUGCUCAACCUUAUACCUAAUGGGCCAAAGUUUCAUUCUGUGGGGAUUUGUCUGUACACUGUCAGUUUGUAUGCAUAAUAAAUUAUAAUAAUUGGACACAAUAUGUGAUAAUUAUAAUUUUGCAGGUGUGUUAAUUAGGUGAGCAAGUUUUUUUCACUGCAUGUGGCGAAGUUAUGUUAUGCUAAAAUGCAGACCUGUGAGCUAAUAGGUGACUUUUGAACUUUUUAGUGGACAGUGUAGGUAUCAUAGCCAUUACAGCACUGGGUGGAGGUUGAGAGGGGCAGGGAAAGUUCUACUUACCCGAAUCUAUCCCUUGCGGGCGCCAACAUCUCUGCUCUACAGCACAGAGGUCUACAAGGAUCUUGUGAAACAGCAGGAUCCUCCAUAGACAAUCAGUUCUUUGCAUCUAUCAUAUUAGAAAUAGAUGACAAAUGGGAAAUAAAAGGGAAGACAGAGUAGGGAAGAGAAAGAGAAGUGAAAGUUAUUGGAGAAAAAGUACUGGUAAAUACUGUGUGACAGUGCCAGUUUAAGCUUCUGAGGUUCCCUGGGCACCAUCUGCCUGUAUUCUCCAAGACGGUUUACACCAGUUUGAUGUUUCAAGUGCCUGAAGCCUUCUGGUCUGCCUUGAUGUUCAUUGGUUGAGAGCCGCCAGUUGACACUGUCAGCCUAUUAAUACCGUCUAAACCCGGUGUGACUGUCUGGAUGGACUGCAGGGUCCCAACAUGGCAAGCUAAAAUUCAUACAAUAUGACAUAUUACUUGCAGACAGCGACCAUCAUCACUACAGUUUUAUUUAUGGUGCCUAGAGUGUCCCAUGAUUCACAUGCAACUGUAUGCAUGACAACUCUAAGGAAAGCACACAGCUGCCAAAAGUGCAUUUACCACAUGCCAGAAAGUUUUAAAAGUAUCCACUUGUUUUUUGGAACUUGGGCCUAAAUAACUUUUUAUAAAUUCUCCCCAAUUUUGAGGUACCAUGUUCUGGUUGACUGGCAUUAGUAGACAUUUUAUUUAUUUUUGCAGUGGCAUCCUUGAUUUUAUAUAAAAUGUGCAAGUGUAUAUUUGCUUUGUGUUUUUAUUUUUUUUAUUUUACAGCUUUCACAUCCCCUUACUUCAUUGAUAUAUGUGCUUGAUAGUUUAUAUUGUAAAGGGAUAGUUUAAAAACUGACCUUGUAGGAAGGUAUAUAUCAGACAUAUGUAACCUGAUCUUCUUGGUAGAAGGUUACUUCAUCCAUGAUAAUUGAUGAUAGGAGUACCGUGGCACCAUGCCAUGGUAAGUGGGUAAACCGUUUUUCCCAAAUUGGUUUGCCUCCUUGGAAGCUGGCAUUUAUUUACCAUGCUGACUGCCACUCUGAUGCAGGCUCAGGAGGAUUCUAGACAGAAUGACAUUCCAUAAUAGAGACUUCUUCUAGACUUCAUGUUAGUCUCUGGAUCCAGUUCAUAUUAUUAGAAUUUGUAUUUCUAUAGUGCCAACUCCAACAAAUUCCGUAGCACUUUACAAUAUUUGAACUAAUUUAGACUGUAGAGUCUAAAUUAGUAGUGCAACAAUUGCUGGAAAAGUGUAGAUAAUGAUAUAGGGAUAAUAACAAUAUGAACGGAGUGCCAGGUCUUUUGUUAGGUUUACAUAUUGCAUACAACAGGUAUUUCAGGCUUAACCUUGCUGUUGUUUAAUUGAGGCAUGUGUAGUCUUGAUAACAUUUUACCUCCCAACUUUUGCUUUUGUUUUUCUGUUUGUAAGUCUGUUUUUCUGAUAAGGAUUAGUGAUAUAUAACUGUAAAUUGGAUUGUCUUUUUUAUUAAAAAUAUUGCAUUUUUUUCUGAUUUAAAAACACUGUGACAUUAACAAUAUAUUUUUAAUGUUGGAGUAUGUCCUCCUAUUUUAAUAUAAAAAGCAGUAUUUUUGCACAUCAUUAAAACACUGAGAAGUCUUCUGAGGUCAUCUGUCUGAAUGGUUUCUAGUCCAAUCUAGUGCUCAUAGAGAAGCAUUGGGGACUUAAGGGAACACUAUUUGAGUAUGAGAGCAGGGACUGUUGCUUCCUGGCUCUGAUACUCUUGCAUACUAAGAUGUCACAUGUGCAAUGCAGUUGCGGUCUGCUAUAGAGGAUUAUUGAAUGCAGUGAUUCUUUACCAAAGAAUCAUAGGUGCAUUGCGGCAGGCAGUGCUCAUGCACCUACAGUCCCCAGUGCACCUCUGUGAGAAGCAUUGGAUUGGACCAUCAUCCUGGAGGCAGACUUCCAAAAUGAAAUUAAGCAAGGAGGAGGCUGUGGCAGCACAGAGGGAGAAUCUGGGUCAGAGAGAAGGUUAGUCACUUUUUUUUUUUUCUAUUUUAUUUUUUUUAAAGCACUUUUUGGGCUAGGGGAGGCUGAAACAAACAGGGCAUUAAAGGACCACUAUAGUGCCAGGAAAACAUACUCGUUUUCCUGGCACUAUAGUGCCCUGAGGGUGCCCCCACCCUCAGGGACCCCCUCCCGCCCGGCUCUGGAAAGGGGAAAGGGGUUUAAACUUAUCUUUUUCCAGCGCUGGGUGGAGAGCUCUCCUCCUCCUCUCCUCCUCCGUUCCGCCCCGUCGGCUGAAUGCGCACGAGUGGCAAGAGCUGCGCGCGCAUUCAGCCGGUCGCAUAGGAAAGCAUUUACAAUGCUUUCCUAUGGACGCUGGCGUGCUCUCACUGUGAAAAUCACAGUGAGAAGCACGCAAGCGUCUCUAGUGGCUGUCAAUGAGAUUCUCUGAAACUGCUAUGUUUAUUAAAAAAUGGGUUAACCCUAGCUGGACCUGGUACCCAGACCACUUCAUUAAGCUGAAGUGGUCUGGGUGCCUAGAGUGGUCCUUUAACGCUGCAGCGUUAGGGAUACAUAUGUGUAUUGCAUGAAAUUCAGUGAUAUGUAUUCAAGGCUUUCAGCAGUGCCAAAGGCAGUUUUUACAACGGAUAGAAUUCAGGGACAUUGUCUUUGCACCAGAACCACGAUACUUGGAUGUCCAUUUUAAAAGUCUUAUUAUUCAAUGUUGAAAGUGUUAGGUGUGUAUUGGUUGACUUAUUAAUUGCUUCCUGCCACAAUAUACAGAAUAGUAUAAGUCUUGAAAACUAGUUUUCAAUAUAAUCACUUAACAGUGGGGAAUAUGUAUAAAAAGUGAAUUUAAAGGCAAAGCUCUUGAAGAGAAGCAAUUGCCUUGGAAUAUUCCUGCUGGUUCCAUUGGUCAUCAUGGUGAUUGUUCCUGUAUUAGAAUCUUCCACUGCAAUUACAAUGCAUUUUUUCCAGUUUGAGUUAAACAUGUAUACAAAAGUGCAAUAACAGCCUUUUAAGUUUUAAAAAUCUAUAAAUCAAACAAAAUCAGAUUUAUCAAAAAGGGACUAAAACAAAUCGUAUUUGAAGUUGCCAUUGCACAACUUGAUAUAUGGUGGAAGUUACUACAGUAUAAGAAGAUGAUUCCACGUGGAGAUGCAUGACAACAUAAGAAUAAGUCACUGCUCGUAUCUGCAAAUGCUGCAGAAGUAUGUUCUGUAGGUUCCUGCACGGCACCUCAUGUUUAGGUGUUUACUUGAGGACGGGGAGGUGGCUGAUCCUUGGCCUUGAUUUGCAACCUGCUUGUCUCGAGCCCUGUCUCCCACCCAACACCCAGUUCUCUAGACUGGGGGGGGAUAUCCCGGUCCGCACUGGUGUACUUACAAGGUUGUACCUACGAAAUCUCCUACUCAGUGAGCUGAAGGUCCGAAGCCUGGCAUUGAAAAUGGCUGCUUUUCCAGGGCUUGCAGAUACAGACAACUCCCUGCAGACACAUACGCAUGUGGACAGGUUAAUCCUGGUAUUUGAUGCUAUUUGUGAGCGCUUUUGGGAAAAGCUCCAGGAUCGGAUACCUACCUGUGCUCUUGCUGCUCCGGCCGCAGCCAUCCUGUGCGCAGAAGCCGCAAGUUUCAACGCUCCCCACAUCUCCCCAAGGGGACUCAGAGGAGGCCGACCAUCACCCACCGCUCUGACCUUCCUUUCUACCUGCGAACCUCUUCACCUGCAGUACAGCCCGUCUGAUAGGGGGGUAUAUACUUUAAGCCACGUGACUAGAGAAGCAAAGGUGCCACAACAUCGAUCCCAAGUUAUCAUAGCAGAUGGGGAAGCCUCCUGGGAAUAGUUGACAAAGGUGGCAGAUGGGACUUGCCAUCUCUUGGCAUCGGCUGAGUGGUCCAGAAGCCUUUUUAGUAGUCUAGCAGUUCUCUCACUGGUUUCAUAAGUACCAUGUUAGGUGCAGCCCUGAUAUUUUAAGUCUUUAUAUGCUUUGACUACAUGGCUACAAAAAUCUACUCUACCUACCCAGUGGAAUAUUCUUCUUGUAAUCUAACAUAGCUCCAUUCUACAUCUUCUCUUACUCUGAGUUCAAUCUCGCAGAAUUGGGCUCCUACUGUCUUCAUUACUUUAAGAAACACUAGCAACAGCUGUUGUGGCAUUGCUAGUUUAUAUGUAAAAUGUAUUAUCUAUGCACAACAUUUUUUUUAAAUGGAACUGUCAUCCGCUCAAAACUGACAGUGCUUUAAAAAAAAAAAAAACUGUCUUUUCAGAUUUUUGGAAAAUUAAAAGGGUUACUAUUGUUUAGCCUUUUUUAUAUUUUUAGAGUUUGUUUUAAAUUAAAAUUAAUUCUAACCCAACAUUGCUUUAAUGCAGGUAUCAUGAUUGCAUAAAUCUAUCUGCUACACACAUCUAUUUAAUCAAAGUUCCCCUGGAAAGAAGGGGACUGCUGUUUUCACCUUAAAGCGGAACUGUCACCGUCUGAGACUCUGCAUAAUUUGUAAAAGACCGUCAGCAGUGACAUUGCUGCCUGAGGAUGGUAUUUACCUAAGCCUUUUCCUCGCGAGUGUCGCCAUCUUCUUUUCCUAUAGUGUGAGAGUACAGCAUUGAGGUCUAUAGAGGAUCACACAAGACUGUGGGAUCCUCCAUAAAGUACAUUUCUCUGCAGCCAUCAUGGCGACGACUGGGGGUUUGACGACAGUAGCUCCACUCCGUGUCAAGUUCUUUUUUCACCCUUUAUAACUGUGAAUCUUUGGCAAAUGCUCUAUGGUGAAGAUUUGACUGACAAGGGAGAGCAGAAAAAAACACCUACGAGUGCGCCUUCUGCUUUCCUAAGCUUAGCAACCAUGGUUACGCUAGAAAUAGCUAGGAGUAGAAGAACAGAGUGACUAGUCACUGAGGCGGUUGGCCUGUUUGGGGAACAGUUACCAAGAUGGCAAAUUAAAGAAGAGUUGAGAAUGGACCGGAGGUGGGUGUUACGUGUUACAUGAAAAGCAAUACCAACAACACUCUGAAGAGGGCAGCGCUGGAAUGGAGCUGAGGUGAGUAGAUCUCUAAAUUUACAUGAAAUAUAUCUUUGUUAUGUAGGAUGUAUUACUGCAGGGCUUGACAAAUAUGCUUUAAAUUUAGGAGCCAGUUAAAAAAGUUAGGAGCCAUUCCCCCCCCCUAACGACAAAAAUACAAUUCUUAAAGGAACACUAUAGUCACCAGAACCACUAAAGUUUAAUAGUUUAAUGCCGUGGUUCUGGUGUCUAUAGCCUGUCCCUGCAGACUUUUCAAAAUAAAAACUGCCUUUUCAGAGAAUAGGUAGUGUUUUUAAUUUGCUGCCUAGUAACACCUCUAGAGGCUGUCACUCAGAUGGCCACUAAAGUGUCGCCUAUCUCAGUGCUGCACAAUGUGCACAUUCCUCAUAGAGAUGCUUUUAAUUGAUUUAAUGCAUCUCUAUGAGGAAAUGCUGACUGGCAGUUGAUGAUCUUAGUUAUGGAGGCGGGCCAGCUCUGGCGAGACCGGCACGGCGCUGGUAAAAAGAGGAGUAAAAACAUCUUUCCCAUGCGAUCAGAGGGGUAUGGUAACCUAAACAUUAAUUGACGGACAACCGGACUGACACACACACACACACACAGACACAUGCACGGUGAAAGACAGUCAGACACACGCUAAUACAGUCAGACACAUGUACAAAGUACUAUUAAUACACUCAAAUAUAUACACACACAAACAUUCAUACAUACACAUAAACAAAUACAAUUUUUUUUUAAUUUUUUUUUUGUCACCCUCCUGUUUCCUACAUUUUGGGCUCAAGAGGGUGGCUUCCCUGGUGUCUAGUGGGAUUAGGCAGCAGCAAGUGACAGCAAGGGGCUGGCUGCGGCUGAUGGGAGUAGGCAGCCGCUGUUCCAGACUCCUUCCUUUCUCCUCCUCCCCCGUCACAGCAGCUCUCUCUGUCCGCCGGGAGGAAGUGAAGGGAACUGUAAUAACUUCCCCCCUGGUGCUGAGGUUAUGCAGGGGAAAGGACUGGUUGCCGGUGUUCCAUCGGCUUUGCGGCAUGGGGGCGGGGUGCAAGGUUGGGUAUGCAACAUAUGGGCAGGUAUGAGGUCGGGAGGAAGGCGGGGAGCAGAGCCAUGUUUACCUGGUAUCCUGCCAGUUUAGCUUACAAUUCCCCUGCACGGGCAUUGAGACAGGAGGAGGAGGGAGCAAGCUGACCAAUCCCAGACACCAAGACAAAAUAUUUAGUCACCAUGACGACCUGGCGCCUGGGAUUUGUCAAGACCUGUAUUAAUGUAAUAUUAGAUUAUUUUGCCAUAAUUGGAAGGUUGAAGUGAGCAAGAGAUUAUUCACCAACACAGAAUUGUAGUGAUUUGAGACUGAACUACAAAAUUAGGGCUUAAGUAUCCAAACUGACUUUUAGGUGAGUGCUAGAAUUUCCCAUAAAUCACCAGUCUUGUCAAUUCAGUGUUUAAACCCCACAAAUCCCUCAGCUAAAAGUAGAGGGAUUUAUCCAUAUGUGACCCCUAAUGCCUCCCCAAGCCAUUUGAUCGCCGGUUCCUCCUGGUCGUCUUCCUCUGCCACCAUCUUCAAUUUUCUAAGAUGGUGGUGCCUGGAUUUCAGUCUUUGCCCAUAACUGGACUUGCGCGAGAUUUAGAAUUAAAUGCACUGUCCUGCAACAGGACAUGCGGUGGCAAUGGAGGAAGGUGACUACUUUAGUCAAGAGCUAAUGACAAAGGCAGUAGAGCUCUACUAAAGAUCCAUCUCUAGUCACCUUAACUUUUGUCAACCUGCUUGUUGUAAAUAAGGAAAAGUCCCUACAGAUUUUGUAUUGUGACCUGACAUUUCAUUGAUCACAUCAAAUUGAAGGACUGUGCAUGCCACAUGUUUACAAAACCGUCUUCUAUAGUGUGCUUUCUUAUGGUGCUCAGUUAAGCUGAAUAUCUGGAUUUAAAAGUUGAGGAGGGUAAAACAUUUGAAAUAUCUAUUUACCAAAACACAAAGCAUUCACUACUGGCUGUUUGUCCUUAUUAGAACACACUAAUCAUAGAAGUUUUUUAUGCUGGCAUAUGUUUCCUGUAAAUGAAAAUUUAAAUAGAUUCUGUCUGCUUACUAUCACAAUUAAGUUAUGUUUUACUUAAUAUUAUCAGCCUCCUUUAAAUGGUAUUGACAUGAGAGCCUUUCUUCUCAGGCUUUAGGUACAUUGCACAAUUAUGUGCUCAGUGAUAUUGAUAUUAUGUUAGUGUUUACCCCCUACAGCACAUAGAAUGUAUUCUUAUACUAAAGAGCUUGCAAUUUAAUCUAUACACCUUUUCUCAACAGUAAAAACACAUAUUUGUUGUGCUAUGCCUGUGCACCAGUUAUUACGAGAACUCUCUCCUAGAUAAUUCCCCACUUAUCUUUAGGACAACUGUAGCACAUGCUCUAUGCAGAUCCAGUGCUCCAUCAUUGGAGCCAGAGUAGAAGCCCCCUGCUUUGGGAAGCAUUGCUGUACUUUCCAACCAUGGCCAAUCAAAUGUGUGUAGGUGUAGAAGGCACUGGGAUGUGUUUGUCUAAAUUUAUUGUAACACCUUUGUAUUGACAUUAUGACAGGAGGAGGGGGUAGGUAAUAAAACAUAAAGCUAUAAAAUAUAUUGCUGUAUAAAUUGUAUAUUGCUUAAUGAAAUAUUAGCACCAGUCACUGCCAGUUCUCUUUAAGAGGAGGUAGGGGAAAUAAAUAAACAGUGAGAUCUGUUAUUGUUAAAUGCAUUCUUUUUCUUUUUUUCGUUCUUCAGGGUAUCUUCAAUCCAUAUCCAGACGACAGUUAUCCUCCCUUACCAGAGUAUGAUCCACAAUCUAUAGCCCAAAAAGUCACCAAGAUGUUCAUUGUACGUGUUCGUGGGUUGCCAUGGUCCUGCACAGCAGAAGACGUACUCAACUUUUUUGCUGGUAUGUUUUUUUAAAUUUCUUCCCCAUGAAAAACCCAUCUGUCUGCAUAUUAUAGCUGUCAGAAGUGUACUCCUACGGAAGUCUAGCAGCAUUUUAUUAGCGGAACACUAGUUUUAUUUGAACCUGUAUUCCAAACAUUAUGGUGUCCCUGACCUUAUCUCUAUACAGGUCUUCCACUAAACCCUUUUGCAAAAAAAAAAGGCACCUGCACAGUGAAUGCCACACACACAUUCAACCUUGAAACAAUGCUUUCCAUUGGGGUUUCCACGUCAAGUGACCAAGUUUUACUAAAGCAUGUCUAAGGAGACAGCCUUAUGUUGUGUAGCAUUCUGCAAAACAUUUUUAUUUUGUGCAAAAACUAAAGAUUUGAGCAUGCAAAAAAAUAAAUAAAUACAGGAUAUUAAUGAGGCCAAAAUGUAUAAAAUGCAUUAAAGUAGUAUUGGAGCAUGGAGUGUCCCACUAACUUUGCAAUAUGAACAUUGCAGUGUCUGGGGGAAAAAAACUGCAGUGUUUCACAUUGCAGUGUUAAAAGGACAGGGACAUUACACUCAGACCGCUUUGUGAAGUGGUCUGGGUGGUUAUUGUCCAUUUAAUUUUUGCUAUAAUGAUGUAAUCUAUACUGAAUGCAUUUAACUGUAACAUCUAAAGAAUGGAUUUGGACUCCAUUGGUGAUCAGACAUUCUGACUAAACAUUGAUAAAAUGGUCCCUUGAUUUAGAUUAGCCAAAGUGGAAUAUUUACUCUAAUGGAAGACUCUUUAUGGAGGCUUCAGUUUAACAAAUGCUACACUGAAGUUGCAGCCAAUGGAAAAAUGAGAAAUAAUUUUCAUGGCCUUUUUUAGGAAGAAUUUUCGUAGAGGUUUCCUGAAUGGUUUGGAAAGGAGGAUCAUGUAAAGCGACAGUUAACCUAGUUAGAGCACAACGGCGCAGCAGCUCUCAAAUCCUAGGUUUCAAAGUUGAAUUAGCAUUUAGAAAAUUUCUGAUGAGCCUAUGCUUGUGCCUUUAGAGUCCUUGAGUUUAAAUAUGAGCAGGUAAAUAUUUCACUAGUCAUAUUCUCACGUAUCUUAAUCCUCUAUCUCCUUUAUAUCUCAAGUUUUCUUUUAUGAAAUUGAUAAAAAAAAACAUUUUUUUUAAAAAUUAUUGGUACAUAGAGAAUAGUCAUAAAAAUGCUCAUCUUGGUUUUUCUUUUAAUAAAGUUCCUAUUUGAGAUGAAAUGAUGGAAGCUAAGAAAUGUUAUGUGAAACUUUCCUUGUAACCACUGCAAAUGUGUGUGAUUUUGAAAGUAUAUUAUGUCAGAUUCUCAUACUUUGCAUGCAAAAUGAUGCAGUUUUUUUUUUUUUUAUAGAUGGGUUGUCCAAGGUAGUGUCUUACAUUUGAGUUGAUGUCUCUUUUCUUUGCAGACUGCAAUGUACGAAAUGGUGCAGAAGGGGUCCACUUUAUCUUUAACAGAGAUGGCAAACCUAGAGGUGAUGCUGUGAUUGAAUUUGAGUCUGCAGAAGAUGUGCUGAAGGCUGUGGAACAGCACAAAAAAUACAUGGGCCAGCGUUAUGUGGAAGGUAAGAGAUCCUGAUUAAACAUUCUUUGAUUUUCAGUACUUCAAAAACAGUGACAGAAAUGCAUUGGUUUCUUUAUAAACGGACGCUCCUGGCUACAGUUGUUUUAGUUAUUGUGAGGAAAGAGCACUGAUAUAUUCAAAUAAUAGUAAUCACCCCAUUUCCUAUAAUAGUAAUCACACCAUUUCCUAUAAUAGUAAUCACACCAUUUUCUUAAAUUUCUCCAAAUCUGCCAUGAUCAGGAAUUGGAUAAAAGCUUCUUCUACAACUCUGAUCUUCAAUUUUGUUUUAAUGGGAAUGCAGUACCAAGCCAUGCUUCUCCAGAUAAACCUACAAUGUCACCAGUAGUUUGGGGUAGCUCAUACCUAUUGAGAUUUUUUGUAAAUUGCUGCAGCCAUAAGUAAGAGCAUGAGACCAGACAGGAACAAGUGCCCUACAAGGACCAAGGUACAGCAUGCCUUAUUACAUUUUUCAGUUAGUAGUGUUGGGUGGCUGCAAGUUAAUUGCAACACUGAAUGUAAAGGUUUGUGUGUUGAGAAGAGGCGAGACCAAGCUUAGAGACAGUGGAUCAAACUAUCUUAGCUGUGAGGCCUGAAAGGUGGUAUAAUUGCUCCUCCUGUUUUAUCAAUCAAAAAGUGAAUACACUUUUCUGAAUAGAAGAUCCAGUUAAUAAAAAUGUUACUCACUCUUCACCUAUUUAUUUAUUAUGGCAUUUAUACAGCGCCAACAUAUUCUGCAGCACUGCUUGUUUGCUGUGCCACCUUUUACACGUGUAAGUGUAAAAAGGGGGUUGAAGCUUACGUGCAGGUGAAUGUUGUUUUGAUUUACUGAAUCUAUGCAUCUGGCUUUAUGCAAAUCAGGAUGUUUUGCAUGUUACUCUGUUUGAUGUAUCCUUGCACCUUAAGUGUCUGGAGUUUGCCUUUAAAGCAGUGGUUCGUAACGUUUUUUAACCGGUCCGCUAAUUUUAUACAAGUAUUUGUUUAGUACCCCAUUCUACAGUAAAAUCUGUCAGCUGUCUUAUAAUAUGUAAGAAAAUGUAAUUCAGCUUAGCACUGCCAUUAUCCUUUUCCCAGUGUCACGAGAGUUUUCAUUGCAUUUAAAAAGGUAAUGCUGCUAUAGUAAACAUUACCUGAACACAGAACAAAAGUUGUGGCUACACAGCAUGGACACCCAAUUUUUGGUUCUGGACCAGGAUUUAAGAACCAGCAUUUUAUAUCCUCACAAAGCAGACACAAAAACUCCUUCUCCAAGUUAGUUGAAAAGACCUCAGUUCACAAAAAGUGGAGCGCUCUUUUAUCAAGCAAUUGUUCAAUAGUUAUGCAUGUGUGUCUAGAAAUACCGACAGGGGGAAUAAAACUCACCGCAAAAAUAUCGGUGAUCCAUUAUAGACCUAAGUGCUGCACUUUCACACAUGCAUGAGAGUACAGCACGGAAGUGGACAACUGGCAGUUUAAGUGCUAUUAGUUGAAGAGGACCUAUCGGAAGCUGAUGGCAGCUGCAAUGGAACAGGUCACCUUCGGGGGACUUUGCAAAUUAUGCUGUUUUAUUUACAUUAUUUUGUGUAAGUAAAUGUAAUAGUGUGAAUGAGGAGAGGUCACUUCUUUGGAUGUGAAAAAGAUAAGCAUCCAGAACUUGCAAUAUGGUUCAUGAAUGCAAUAUGGUUCAUGCAGUGCCAUUUCAGAGAAGGUUCCAAAAAUAUCUCUGGAGUAACAGUUUCACUUUAAAUAGUUUUGAGUUGUGUCCAGUUAAAAAAAAAAAAAAAAAUAAAAGACUGUGACAAUCUGAAAUUAAGGAAAUGAAGCUUGGAGAGUGAUUUGAAAAUAUGUUACUUUACAGAAAUCAGAUUCCAGGCAAUGUCUCUCACACCAUGUUUUUUUUUUUCGUCUUCAGUAUUUGAGAUGAAUCAAAAAGAAGCGGAGUCUCUGUUAAAUCGGAUGCAUGCUGCUAUGUCACCUACAAGACCGUCCCCCAUGUCACAGACAACACAGUCUUCUGUAUCUUCUCCCCCAAGUGAUGGUAUUGUUCGGCUGCGGGGGCUUCCGUACAGUUGCAGUGAGCAGGAUAUCUUAAAUUUCUUUUCAGGUGCCCAUUUUCUUCAACACUUUAAAUUUACAUUUUUUUAUUUAUGUGUUAUGGAAAUAAGAAAAAGUGCAAUAUAUCAAAUGUGAUUUUUUUUUUUUUUAAACAAAAAGUUAUUCUCCUGGCUAUGCCAUGGAUAUUGGAUUUAUCAUGUUUAGCACUUACCAGGAGCUUUCCUGAAUGAAGUCAAUUCAUUAUGUCAUGUGCAAUUUAACAGUUAAAGAAAUACUCCUUGCACACAUUAGCUUAACUUAAAUAAGUGAUGGUGUGUGUGUGUGUAUGUAUGUAUGUAUAUAUAUAUAUAUCUCAUAUAUAUAUCUCAUAACCCUGCAUUAUCACUGCUCAAUUCUCUACCAUUUAGGAGGUAGAUCACUUUGCUUACGCAGCUGUAGCCUCAACUCCCCUUGCAGUGGGUCGCACAGCCUUCGUAGAGAAAAAAAAAAGUUUAUUUUUACAGCAAAGUGUGUGUUAUUUAAGAGUUCCUUUCUUCUGUUCUGUUAAUGGUAUUCAAAUCACUCACAGAGAGACUGCUGUGAGCUCUAACAGGCUAUUGACAGACCAUGAGAUAAGAAAUUCUAAAUCAAACACUCUGCAACAAGAAAAGCUAAAAAAAACCAUAAAAAAAACGGCAAGUGUGGAUGCAAACCAUGUGGGAUGUGUUAAAAUGUUUUUCUAAAAAUGUAAUUUGGAUUUUUCUUUUUUUUAAUUUUUUUUUUUUUUUUUUUUAUCAGGUUUGGAUAUUGCAGAUGAAGGGAUUACUUUUGUCUUAGAUCAGCGAGGUCGGAAAUCUGGUGAAGCAUUUGUGCAAUUUCUUACACAAGAGCAUGCGGACCAAGCCCUUCUCAAACAUAAACAGGAAAUAGGAAGCAGGUACUGGGUGGAAUUAAUCUACAGAGAGAUUUAUACGUGUAGAUCAGUAGUCUCGUCCCCAUGUCUUUCAGACCCUACUAAUCUCUCACUCCCUUUUAGCAACCGCAAUAUAUUCUUUUUAACAUCCCAUCCUUAUUGUUUCACCCCAACCACAUUUUUCUUCCCCUCUUUAGUUAUGCUUUCCUCUUCUCCGUCCACUGUAAAGGCUUACUCUAAGCACCAAAACAACUUUAGCAUAAGGAAGCAGUUUAGUUUUGGUGUAAAGAUCAUAACCCUGCAUUCUACUAACUGCUCAAUUCUCUGCCAUUUAGGAGCUAAAUCACUUUAUUUUCUGUUUAUGCAGCCCUAGCCACACCUCCCCCAGGUGUGACUCACAGCUUACCUAAACUAAAAUUGUUUAAUUUUCAAUCAUCUGCUCUGUUAAUUGAACUUUAAUCACACACAGAAUGCAUUUGCAGGCUCUAGCUAUUUAUCAUGAAAUGUGUUGGGAUAUUGUGAGUCACAGCAGGGGAGAUGUGGCUAGGUCUGUAUAAACAAAGUGAUUUCACUCGUAAAUGGCAGAGAAUUGAGCUGUUGGACUGCGGGUGCAUGAACUGUGCGCAUAAACCACCAAAUUGCGCUAAUGUUGUUUUGUUUGUUUUUUGUCCUGCUCAUGUAUGAGAGUACAGCUGUAAUGUGGCUUCUGGCAGAUUAUGUGCCAGGGGCUGAAUAAAUAAGAUUUGGCAGUUUUCACUAGGAAGAGCUUCAAGAAAGUAUACGUACUUUCAACUUCACCCCUAGAGUGCAUUGCACAUAGCAGACAUGCCGCCUUCAUGGUUCUUUGCACAAUAUUGGCAAAACAGAUCCACUUUAAUUGGUUCAGUGUUUUGUAAAGAACAGUGUUCAAAAUUCAUGUGGAUUCUGUCCAGAAAUUCUAGUUGUAGAAUGGGCAGAUAAAAAGUUUAAUAAAAUGCUGUAAUUAUUAAACUUUUAUAAAUAAUCUUUGCUCUACUUGUACUCUUCCAUCAAGCUGAUAUUUAGCCUUGAAUCCUUUCCAUGAAUGUAUGUUGCAUUUCAGAAUAUUUUGUAAGUUUAAUGCUUUGCAACUUUUCAGAUACAUUGAGAUAUUUCCAAGUCGAAGGAAUGAAAUUCAAACGGCACGUUUUCCUUUCAGAAGAAGGAAAGGUGUAACUUUUGCUCCCACAAUUAAAGAUCUAUAUGACCCGGACAACGUUGUAAAUAACAGUAGUAAAGACAUGCUACUAGACGUUGCACCUGAUAAUGAUCAUAUGAAUGGUAAGAAAGGAAUAUAUAUAUUUUAUAUUUUUUUUUCCUCAUUGAUUUUUUUUAAUUUUAUAAAUACAGAAAUGUUUUUAUGCAAUUAUGUCAUUUAAUUUCUUUAAUUAUCUUUAUGGACAAAGAGUCUGGUUUUGAAGAAUCAAAAAUUCUGUUAGGAAGAUAGUUACUUUCAGAACUACAAUUAUAAAGAAUAUACAUAACAUUUCUCUUAGUAUAAAAGCAAUAGGUGUUCGUGAAUAGUCAUAAAAGCCUUUCAAAAUCAGUCAUUAAAAUGUGAAUUAACUGUCAUUUAUAGAAUUUUAAAAUGAAGGCAAAAACAGCCAAAUUGAAAACAGAAUUUACUAGGUAUGAAUGUUUCAUACCUGGCUAUAUUGACCUAAAUUUUUAAAUUCUCAGCUAUUUUCACUUUAGUGAGUAACCCUGUUUAUAAUGUUUACAUUUAUUAGCCCUGACACCAGCUGGUCUAUUUUACCUAGAUAAUUUUGCACUUUACUUUAGCCCUGUGGGAUAAACUCUUACAUUGAAGCUCUAACACAUUUUGAAGGAAAGAAAAAUUUUAUUUAAUUUCUACCUCAUUAUAGCUGCUUCCCCUUUUGAUCUUGCUGGCAGUCCCGUUUUCAUGUAGUUGCUAAUAUAGAAUAUAGACACCUUGCUCAAAAUACAGUUGUCAGCAAAUGUCUUUAUCAUCCCAGUCCAGCAGUUUGGCAAUGACUGAUUUUUUUUUCUGUGUGUGUGUGUGUGUGUGUGUGUGUGUGUUUUUUUUUUUCCGUGUAUAGUUACUUGGCUCUCUUGAACUAUUGAAUAUCACUUGCAAGUCCUUUUAGAUUGCAUGUAUAUUCGGAAGUGCCCUCUAGGGUCUUAUGCCUAUCCCACGCAUGGUUAAAGGGACACUUCAGGCACCCAGACCACUUCUGCCCAUUGGAGUGGUCUGGGUGCCAACUCCCACUACCCUUAACCCUGCAACUGUAAAUAUUGCAGUUUUCAUAAACUGCAAUAUUUCCCUUGCAGGGGUAACUCCUCAUCUAGUGGCUGUCUUUUAGACAGCCACUAGAAGGCACUUCCGGGUUUAUAGCGUCGCUGAAAUCCCCAUAGGAAAGCAUUUCGCAAUGCUUUCCUAUGGGGAGGUCUAAUGCGGAUGCGCGGCUUUGCAGCCCAUGCGCAUUAGGUUUCCCCCCGCCGGCGGACGCGCAUGCACAAUAGGUCGGGCAGACCCUGAACCAGCGCUGAGGGACAUUGGCGCUGGAUACAGGUAAGUCACAAAAAUGGUUUUAACCCCUUCAGCAACAUGGGAUGGGGGAUGGGAGGGAGAGGGGACCUGCAGUGCCAGGAAAACUCCUUUACUGUGUUAACCUCUACCACUUCAGCUGGAAGGCUAUUCCAUGCAUCCACUUCCCUCUCAGUAAAGUAAUACUUCCUGAUAUUAUUUUUAAACCUUUGUCCCUCUAAUUUAAGACUAUGUCCUCUUGUUGUGGUAGUUUUUCUUCUUUUAAAUAUAGUGUCCUCCUUUACUGUGUUGAUUCCCUUUAUGUAUUUAAAUGUUUCUAUCAUAUCCCCCCCUGUUUCAUCUAAGCUAUAUUCUAGGCUGUACAGUCAAAAGUUUAUAUGCAUCUUAAAAUGUGUAUAUUUUGUAUCUAUUUAUCUAUGUACUUUUUUUUUUUUUUUUUUUCAUCAUACCCUGCAGUGAAUAUAAUGUAUUGUCAAGUAAAGGCUUAAUUUUUCCAUGCUUAGAAAUAUUUCGGUUUUUAUUGCUUACAUAUGAAGACAAAUUUUGUAGCAUGUAACGUGUUACCAACUUUAAAAGAACAGAACUCUUUAUUCAUUUUAAUGUGUGGUUUUUUUUUUGUUUUUUUUUUCAGAUUAUGUAAAGGAAAUGUCCUCAAAGUCAAUGGAUGUUCAUGAUUUUCCAGUGAUAUCUCCUAUCCAUGAUAUCCACAUUCGGGGCCUCCCUUUCCAUGCUUCCGGACAGGAUAUUGCAAAUGUAUGUCCCCAAAAGUCUCCUCUAAGUAAAAUACUGCUGUAACACAUACAUGUGCUGAGUGUGGUUUUUUUUUUUUUAUAUGCAGCAAUUGAUAAUCAUUGAGAGAAUGACCAGAGAACUGUAGUAGAUGAAUCCCAGCAACACUGCAUCUUUGUGUACAUGGUUUAUUUGUUCUAUAUUUUACAUUAAUCUCCCAAUUUGAGCUUCUCUUACUUGCAGAAGAUAUACAUGCUGCUCACUUUUAUAGGACUGUAACAGCUUUGCUUGUAUACACAACCAUAUUUAUAGUGUAUAUUGCUCUUGGCUGUCAUGUCAAUGUUUGUGGUCCUCUCACUGCUACCAUAUUGCUUGUGAUAUUGUUUGGGAGCAGUUUGUGUCCCCAUCAAUACACACGGCAGGCAAUUGACCCAUGCUCUCUGAACAUUCUCUGGUGACUCCAGUACAGCUGCUGGUUCUGAGCUCAGGAAAGGAAAAAGUCUAUUCAAACAUCCAAAAGAAUAACCUUGGCAAUGUCUAAUCACUAUCAGAGUUAUUCACAGUGAAAUUAAGAAAAAACAAAAACUCCAAUUUGGUUAUAUUUGCCGUUCAGUUAUUUUGGGAUCACGUUUCAAUGAAUUUUGGUUUCUUUGGAUGCCUGACAGUUGAUGCUUGAGUGAAUAAACCUAUCAGUGUGCUUUUUGCCAACCCAUUUGGUCACUUGCAUGCAAUGUACCUUAGUUUCUUCUAUUGUUGCUGCCUGAGGGAUCUGCAAGCAUGAUCCACCUGUGCAACUGCAGGGGAUAAAUUCUGAAUUAAAAAAAAUAUAUAUUGUUGACAUCCCUCCCUAUUACUUUUCGACAUAACAUUAUAGUAGGACUGUCGAGCUUUGGUGCGUUAGUUAUUGUUGGGUUAUCUUUGCGCACUAGUCUGUUCCAUAACUGCUAAAGGUGCAAUGAUUGGAUACUUAGAUUUUGCAUCUGUGUGAAUUUUAUGGUAACGCAAUAUUUUUUUAUUUUUUUUGUUUGCAGUUUUUUCAUCCAGUAAUGCCUUUAAAGAUCAACAUUGAGUACAGUGCAGAUGCUGGAGGUGCUACUGGAGAGGCGAUUGUGAGGUUUUUGACUCAUGAUGACGCUGUAGCUGCUAUGGCCAAAAACAGAUGCCAUACACGUAAGUAGAUCUGUUUUGGAGCAAAUCUAGUUAUGGCCUGAUAAUAUUACAGCACACAGAUUGAAUAGGUUGCUAACAAGCAUCUUGUUGUAACAAAAAUAUAAGCAAUUUAAAUAAAUGACUCAUUUACUUGCUAAUAACCAGAACUGUCUCCCUUAUUCCAUAUGUAGGAGGUGAGAGAUUAAAAAUAACCUUGUGAGCCCAGCUCCAAGCAGCAGCAGAAUACUUCCUCAGCUGCAGCAAUAUCCCUCUCAGAACGCAGCGGGUAAAAGGGAAAAAGCACAGUGUCCUCAAGAACACCUGUUCAGACUCUCAAACCUUGAGCAGCACUUUCCUACUUAGUUAAGAGCAUAGGUAUUCAGUGGUUCCUACCCCCACCCUAACACAAUCUUUCUUUAAAACUGCAGGGUUAAACACAUUUCCGAUGUACUGGAUUACCUGUUCAGGUUCCCUCAAUGCAGUAAAUACGUGAUUUUAAACUUGCCUUUUGUCCAUCGUUUUGCUGGUCUUGUCGCAGCUGGCCCCUCCUCUAUAGCGGUGAUCAUCAAACUUGAUGAUAUCAGACAAUCUAAUCCUUUUCCAUAGGAAAGCAUUGGUAGGCUCUUGCGUAUGCGCGGCAAUCUGCAUCUCCUCGUAGAUAGACAUUGAAUCAAUGCAUAUUAAUGGGUAGGGUUCAGCAAUUCCACAUAGUGUAGCACUGACAUUGGAAGCACCUCAAGUGGCAGUUUGAGUGACUGCUACUAGCGAUGUUAAAAGGCGGUGUUUUCAUUGCUCCAUUUGUAGGGACAUGCUGUAAACACUAGAAUGACUACAUUGAGUUGUAGUUUUUCUGGUGACUAUAAUGUCCGUUUAACUUCCCUUGACAGUUAAGAGGGUUAGACUUAUUAUCUGCAAAUGUCUGUAUGUCUAUGCAUAAUUAUAAUGAUAAAUUCUCCUUACCUAAUCCCCUUAAAGGUAUAGUGACUUGACUCUCCUUCUUUCCUCCCCAGAACAUGGAUACUUAGAACUUUUUCUGAAUUCAUCUCCAGAUGGUAAAUAAGACAUGUGUUCGAAAUUCUGUUGUGCACAUCUUUAUUAAAAAGGUAAUGUAACAGAAACCUGUAUUACAAAAAAAUAUUCAGCAGGUUGUUGUAUAGUAAGAGUACUAUAAAGUAGUGGCAUUUAUAGGCACAUUCUAUACAUUUUAGUCUGAUUGUCCCAUAUUACUAUUUGCAUUUUUUUUCUUUCUUUUUAUGAAUCUCCCUUUAGUAUAUAUCAGUAUAAAUUAAACUGAAUUUUACCCCAUACAGUCCCUCAGCCACACAGACGUCUCUUUCCUCUGGUGUAGUUUCUGAGCAUGGGAUACAUUUUCUGUUAAGGGACAAAGAACGGAUAAGCACUAAUAGUUCUAGAGGGGAUCAACCAUAGGCAGCAAAAACUGAACUUGGAGAUACUUCAGUAACCCAAUACAAGACAAAGUCAGACAAACAAAAUCAUGUUGCGCCUAUUAAACAAUGAAUAAAUACUAACCGUAGGAAAAUAAAGUCCAGAAAUUUUCUUCAGUCUGCAUUGAUGCGUAUGCGUCUUGGGUCUUCUUCAAUGGGUACAUGUAAGGAACACACAGACAGAGGAGACCAGUAUUGUUGUUCCAAAAUUAUGAAUACACAACAACAGAGUGUAGAGAUGCCCACUCUGUUGUGUGAUGGAACAACCUAUACUGCUCUCUGUAAGUCCUCUCUGUUAAUAUGAAAAAGUAGUAAACAUACUCACAUUUGUUAGAGCAGGGGGAAAAAAAAAACACUCUAUCUAGAAGAAACACACACAUACACACAAAAAAUAAAAUCAUUGCAUCUGUAAACCUGUAUAACACCGUAAUAUAAAUAGGAAGUAAAAUUGCACACUCGUGACCCAGAGUCGUACCAGGCUCUGUAUGUAUAUAUCUUUCUACCCCAGGGUGCCUGUACAGGCUUGUAAAAAUCUCCUUCACAGUCAGAGAUCCAAAGGUGGAAGUAGGGGACAUUCAAAUUUAUUGCAGUGUUAUAACAUGAUAAAACCAAUAUGAAUAUAAAAUAUCAAACCAUAAAAACCGAAGGUUUGCCAAAUAAUUCACAGAUUUUACUAUUACCAUGACGUAAAGUCAUGAUUUUAUUAAUGACACGGAGGCGAGUAUUAUGCUGCACUCUUUCUUUAUUUCCCUCAGCAGCAAAGAAAAAAACUUUAUAAACAUAACCAAUAGUAACAUUAACAGUCUCAGGUGUAAUCUUCCUAGUAACAGGAACAGCCAAUCAGGAUCCACUUCUCCAGCAUAAUAGGCUCUGUCAACCAAUCCUGUUCCUCUUUAUUUGCAAUCCCGAAGAAGUAAAAUUAUCCAAUAAAACGUUGAACUGCAUAGAACAUGAUUUUCCCGGAAUAGAUGGGCAGAUUAUGCUGUAAGAGAGGAAAAAUAUGGUAAUAUCUUUGCAUAAAACUUAGUGUAUGCAUAGUCAUAGGUAUUCAAGAUAGUGUUUGGUCAGUGUUGUGUCCAAGUGAGUAUUGUUGUGUAACCUAUACAUGUGGGUGUCCAGAUAGGUAAGCAGUGAUCGUAACUAAGACUUACCUUGAUCUAAGUACAACUGUAAUGUAACCAUCUGGCGAUUACAACUGUAACAACUAGACAUGGUAAAAUGACUUACCGUAGGUCAACUUACCCAACUUCCGUCUAUCCUUCCCCCGUCGCCGGGUGGGAGGGAUAAUACUCGCCUCCGUGUCAUUAAUAAAAUCAUGACUUUACGUCAUGGUAAUAGUAAAAUCUGUGAAUUUUAUUAAGACACGGAGGCUCCUAUUAUGCUGGUUUAAAGCUGAGAAACUACCGUUCCUGCAAAGUGGUGUAUUGGUUUGAAGUAAAAGUCCCGGAAGGUAGAUUCUGAAGACCAGUCGGCUGCUUUCAGAAUGUCUUCCAGGCGACAACCCAUCGAAGAGGCUUUUGAAGCCAUUGCUCCUCGUAUGGAAUGUGGCGAAAAUAUGGAAGUGUCUAUGCCUGCCGUAGCCAUGAUCCAUUUGACCCAGCGAGCCAGGGUCGUGGUAGACACAGGUAGGUGUGGUCUCUGGAAGGAGAUGAAGAGUUCAUGCCUAGACGGGUCCCGCAACGCCUUGGUGCGAAGUUCAUAGGUUCGCAGACAUUGAACCGGACACAAGCGAGGUUUGUCAGGAAAGGCUGGAUAUGUCACCUUCUUCGUAGAGGUUUUUGUUCUCCGAGAUAUAUCGAAAGCGACCCCUUCCGGAGUAUAAGACCGUGCGGUGACGUCUAAGGCUCUAACGUCUGAUACCCGUUUGCAGGAUAUGAGACAUAGUAGUAUAACCAGUUUCGCCGACAGGUGUUUCAGAGAUAGUGUUGCGUUAUCUGGCCAAGAUUCGAGGAGGUUGAGGAUGAUGGAGACGUCCCAUAGUACGGAAUAGCGUGGUAGCGGAGGUCUUGUGAAUCUGAUGCCGCGCAAGAGUCGGCAUAGUGGAUGGCGUCCUAUCGGUGCGCCCUCGAUGCCUUGGUGUGAGUUUGAAAUGGCCGAUCUGUAGAGGUUCACCGUGCGAUAUGCUUUGCCGCUUUCAAACAAGGAGGUUAAGAAUUGCAGGAUCGAAGUCAGAGGAGCUGAUAUGGGAUCCAAAUUCCGUUCCAUGCACCAAUCGUGCCAUUUGCGCCAAGCAGAUUUAUAAGCUUGUCUCGUGCCGGGUGCCCAUGCGCUCUCGAGAAGUUGGAGAGUCGAUUCCGAAACUCCUUCGAUUGAGUAGGGUUCCCGGAAAUCAGCCACACCAUGAGGUGUAAUAAGUCUUGCUGAACCAGGGGGUGGGGGGACCCGUCCGGGUCUCGAAGUAGGUACUCGAAGUGUGGGAGAGUACGGGGUACGUCUAUCGCCAUCUCCAACAGGGAAGGAAACCAUGGUUGAGACGGCCAUAAUGGCGCCACGAGCACUGCCGUUCCCGUCUGUCGCCGUAGUUGUAGUAGGCAGCGGGGAAUCAACGCAAAGGGAGGAAACGCGUAGUUCCUUUCGGAGGACCAGUCCUGAGUAAAGGCAUCUGUUGCCAGCGCUGCCGGGUCCGGUCUCCAGCUGAAAAAUCUGGGGAGUUGGGUGUUCAAACGGGAAGCGAACAAGUCCUUGUCCAGAGGACCCCAUAGGGACUGGAUGUCUUGGAAGACCCUGGGUUCCAGGUGCCAGUCGCUGGAAUCCCUGAGGUGCCUUGAGUACCAAUCCGCCGUGGUAUUGUUGAGGCCCGGAAUGUACUCUGCUGUGACCGAAAUGCCGUGUGCCAGGCAAAAUUGCCAAGUCUCGUGCCAAAUUCGCCAGGACCUUCGAUUUCGUGCCGCCCAAGUGAUUUAUAUAACGGACUGCCGAUACAUUGUCCAUCCUCAAAAGGAUGGCACAUCGGGCUUGAGUUGGAGAAAAACUGCGGAUUGCAAAAGAACCGGCCAGGAGUUCUAGGCAAUUGAUGUGAAGCGUCGACUCCACUUCGGCCCACCUGCCACCGGUAGAAACAGUGCCACAGCGUGCGCCCCAGCCGUGCAAGCUCGCAUCGGAUUCUAUGAUCAUAUCCGGUUCGGUACCGAAAAUGGCUCGGCCAUUCCAGGCGUCCAUAUGGGAUAGCCACCAUCUGAGUUCUGUCUUUGCUUCUGUAUCCAGAGCGAUCAUGUCCGUGUAUGCGGUCCCGUCUCUCAAAUGGGAGGCUUGUAGGCGCUGUAGCGCUCGAUAGUGUAAAGGGCCCGGGAAAAUGGCCUGUAUGGAAGCCGCCAAGAGGCCGACCACUCUCGCCAAUUGUUUUAGGGAGAUCAGGGGGGUCGUCAGAGUACGCCUGAUUUCCUUCUUCAUGGUGGACAGUUUCGCUGCCGGCAGUUGUAGGGUCUGUAGAGUGGAGUCCACGAUGAGGCCCAAAAACUCUAUGUGUCGUGUAGGGGUUAGGAUGGAUUUUUUCCAAUUGAUAAGGAAACCCAAAUUUUGCAAAAGAGUCUGAGUCCAUGAUAGAUGGGUGUCGAGAAUGUGGUUGGAACGACCCAUGAUAAGGAUGUCGUCUAGGUAGAUUAUGAGACGAACCCCUCGACUUCGAAGCAGAGCCACCACGGGCUUCAUAAGUUUGGUGAAACACCAUGGGGCUGAGGACAGACCGAAAGGGAGACAUGUGAAUCUCCAUUUCCUUCCUUCCUUGCCAUAUGAAUUGGAGGAAGUCCUGGUGCUGACGUGCGAUUGGUAUCGUAAGAUAGGCGUCCUGCAGGUCUAACUUGACCAUCCAGUCCAACGGUUGGAGGAGAUCUCGGAGGCAGUGUAUGCCCUCCAUUUUGAAGUGGUUGUAGGCCACAAAAGUGUUGAGCUGUUUCAAGUUGAUAACUGGGCGGACGCCGCCGCCUUUUUUGGCAACUAAGAAUAGGUUGCUUACGUACCCUGGGGUAGCCAUGGGGAUCUCUAAGAUGGCCCGUUUGUGUGCCAAUUCUGCGACCUCCUUGGUUACAAGGGAGGCGUCUUGGUGAGAAAAUAGCAUGCCCCGUGGCGGGGCGAGUUGUAUCGGGAGGGAUAUGAACUCUAAGGUGUACCCUCUGACCGUGUUCAGUACCCAAGCAUCUGACGAGAUGUGUGACCAUACAUGGGAAAAAUGUCGGAGUCUGCCCCCCACUGCCCAUAGGGAAGAAGGAAACAGGAGAGUACUUACCAUAAGGUCGUCUGCCUGGGCGGGAGCCACGUGGUCCCCGAGCCACCCAUGGUCGCCCACGUUGUGGGAAGAAAACCGGGGCGUUGCGGUGCUCCGUGAAGGAGGCAUGUCCAGUGUAGGAGCCACGGCUCUGUCGGAACGAGCCCCUAUUGACACGGCCGGACAGACGGCUCCUGGCUCUUCCGGCCCCACCAAAAACCUUUGGCUGGAAAAUCUUGCGCAUGCUUGACUGCGCUUUGUCUAGGGCAGUGAAAGUGUGAACAAAGGAGCCAAGCUCCUUGACAAAGUUGUCUCCGAACAGGAGGCCAUGGGCCUGGGCGCCCGGUUCGGUUAUAGCCAUGUUCACCAGUUUUGGUUCUAUCUUUAAUAAAAUCGCUUUGCGACGCUCUGUGGCCACCGCACAGUUGGCAUUGCCGAUCAGGCAAAUCACUCUUUGUAUCCAACCACUUAUGGCGGAACGAUCUAAUUCUUGGUCACUUUCGACCAUAUCAAAAAUUUUUGUUGCCGGGCCCAAUAUGUCUAAAAUCUUGUCCUGGCAGUUGCGCAGGGAGAAGUCAAGGCCCUUAUUAGGCUUCCAGCCAGUCUUGCCCAAGAAUUGAAUGAUUUUUGGGUCAACUGCAGGUGUUCUGCAGGCCUCGUCAGGGACAGUGGGGCGUGGGCAUUCUGCCCGCAAUUUGCUUUGUGUCACCUUAUUUAAAGGUUUGCGAGUCCGCGAUGCCACGUAUUUGGCCACAUCGGCCUAAGGUGACCAGUCCGCUGACCUUGGAUGACGUAGGUCAUCGGGGUCGAACAGAGGUUCCCCGUAGGGGUCAACUAAUCUGGUGGCAUCGUCUGGCACUUUAAGCUCCAUGUCAUACGACUCAGAUGGAGGUGCAAUCUGUGUACUCGGGUCAUGGUCGUCGACCAUACCCUCUGAUUGGGGAUCUGAUGGAUCCUCCGAAUCCAUAUCAGUGACCUCUUCAAUCUCGCUGAGAUCAGACUCAGAUUCUAGUUGGGCUUUUGCCCGCUUCCAUAACCUAGCCGAUUUUGCCCGGCUAGUGGCUCUUUUGCGCGGUGGUAUAUUAGGCGCGCCAUCUGUGACAGGUGUGUAGCUGUCCAUCUGUGAGAUUGAAGAGUGUUUAGUUUUUGCAGUGGCCUUGCGGCCAACGUGAGGUUGGGAAGGGGUUACUGCAGGCAAAGCCUGGGAAGCGACCGGUUGGGUCGACUUUUGUGCCCCAAGUAUAGCGUGAGUAAUAGUCUGUGACAGAGAUUCAGACAUCAGUCCCAUUGCUGAUGUGAGGGCCUUAGUCACCACAUGGGACAUGGUGUUGUCAAACAUAAGCUGCAUAUCAGCAGUAGAUUCAAAAUCAGCUGGGUUAGUUGCACCAAUUUCAGGUACCCCUGGGGUAGUUUUAACAGACCCCAAAUUAUUGAUAAGAGACCCAGAGGGUACAUCUUUAUCCCCAGGCAUGUUAUGUAUACCACUGGCCCUUUAAAUAAAUGAACUGAGUUGACCUAGAUGGGUUGAGUAACCCAAAGGGGGAAUAUACCUUUAAAAGAAAAUAAGUACUCACAAAACAAUAAGCACAAUUAAAUGAGACAGGUGAGGAGGGGGGCAAGGAGCCGUCCGACCGCCACUGUAGCUGCAACCCAACUCCGAGGACCGGGAGUUGGGGGUGGAGCUACGUGCCGCGCGCGGGAAAAACAGAAAAUGGCCGCCGGAGCAGUGCAGAGGAGGCAGAGAGUCCGGUAAGCCCUGCUCGCGGCAAAAAGUGUAGCGCUCAGCGCGCACAAGUACGCCGCGAGCAGGGAGCUGAUAAGUGAGCUCUGUAGUCGGCGGUCGGGCAUGGCAGGAGGGCGCGAAGCGCCGGGUGCGGCUCCAGCCGACGUCCCCGAGCCCCUGCAAAUUAGGCUCUGAGGGACGAUCGGUUGGAGCGGGGAAAAAACGUAAAGGGGAAAUUCAGCAGAAUAAAAUAAUAAAGGGACAACUAUGAAGGAUGUCCCUAGAAACGUUUUCUACAGUAGCACAUCAAUUAUACCAAGUAAAAGGUAGUAAAGUAACACAUAUAAAAAAUUAACACUAGAAAAUUAAUACUAUAAAAUUAAUGCUAUAAAAUCAAUACUAUGAAAUGAAUGCUAGGAAAUAUUAAUAUAAUAUGAAAGUAAUUCAAUAUAAAGUAAUUCAAUAUAAAACUAAUCCCACAGUUAAGGAGCCUGAGGGAUCAGAUAUACUUAACUGAGGGAGCAGCAAAGAAAGAGGAACAGGAUUGGUUGACAGAGCCUAUUAUGCUGGAGAAGUGGAUCCUGAUUGGCUGUUCCUGUUACUAGGAAGAUUACACCUGAGACUGUUAAUGUUACUAUUGGUUAUGUUUAUCAAGUUUUUUUCUUUGCUGCUGAGGGAAAUAAAGAAAGAGUGCAGCAUAAUAGGAGCCUCCGUGUCUUAAUAAAAUUGUAGUUCCAAUAGUAUAUCCAAAGAGUACCGUAAAUAGUAAAGUAAAGCUCACCGCUGGCCAAACUAAUCCAAAAAGAAGUCUCUAAGCAGACGCACUGGAAAGAAGACUCAGAAUCUGGUAGAAAACAUUGACUUUACCAAUUGGCACACCUCCCUAUUUGUAUAGUUUGAUAUUUUUUUACUUUGGCUUUAUCCUGUUAUAUCUUUGCAAUAAAUUUGAAUAUCCCUUGCCUUCACCUUUGGACAUCUAAAUGCAGCUAACAUGAUUUAUUUCAAUGCCGUAGAGGCACACUGGCACUGUAUAUACAGUUUUUUACAUUGUGUGAUAUUUUUUGUGUGUAUUUCUUCUAGAUAUUUCUAUUACUGAUUGUGGGCCUCCACUGAUAUAAAUGCUAGAAUUUAUAUUAAUGGUGAAGGUGCAGGUCAACUGAUCAGAGAAUACUUAUUAUAUUGUGUUUUAUAUUGUCCUUGCAUAUUGCUAAAUGUUUAUAUUUUCUUCUUUUAGGACAAAGCUAGGAUCCUGUCACCGUCUCUGGACAUUAGACUGUGAUUUAUUCUUAAACAGCCAUUCAACAAAAGAUUGACUUUUUUUUUUUUUUUUUUUAAACCAGACUUCAGUCUUUACAAAGAAACACAUACACGUAUCCAUGUAUGUGUAUGCCUAAAUAUAUAUACAUAUAUAUAUUUUUUGUUCGCCUGCUAAAUGCAAGAAAUUAUGCCAUUGUUUUCCUAGCAGGAAUCCAGUAAAUUUAUAGAUAAUACAGAGUUAUUGUUAGUGAUUGAAAAAAUCCUUUCACUGUCGCAGAAUCAGCACUCGUAAAAUAUUGUGAACCAGUGACUUAUAUAUUUUUUUUUUUAUUUGUUUAUUUUUUCAUCAAAGUGCCUAAGUUAACUAAGAGAAUGUGAUUUGCAGUGCAGGAUCUCUAAUUAGUAGAGAACCAUGCAAGGCCGAAAUUUAAUAUACAGGAAAAAUAGGUUUAAAGUUGAAAGCAAGCAUGAACAUAAGACAGACACCGGAGUUUACAAGUCCCUAAACUCUCUCUCUUCUUUAGCCAUAAUGUUUUAGACAUUGUUUUGGUAAAUUGGAUGGUGAGCGCCCGUGGUUCAUUGUCAGUCUUCCAGAAUUACGUGUUUUAUUUCUCCUUUAUUAAAUUGGUAAGUUUGGUGGGUUUGUUCUUUGCAUAUUUCGAUUUGCAUUGAAUCCUCGAUUUAUUCAGCUGAUUCAUGAAUAUAGUUGUAUUUUGUUUGAGGAUGACGUUAAAUAAACAUUACAGCCAUCACUUUCUUUUGGUCUGGACUCUGUUUAUGUGAAACAUAGGGUUUGUGCAUU